AUGUUACCGUUCGUGCUCAAUCUCUCUAAGAGCAUGAACCCACCCAACCAAAAUGACAGGCCUCCCGCUCCACCCGCUCCGCCCGCCGUGAUUCUGGCCUCCUCGUCUCCAUUUCGUCGGAAUCUGAUGCGCUUGCACUUUCCGGAUUUGUUCUAUUCUCAAGCGGUGGCUUUCCUCACGCCCGAAGUGGAUGAAAGAGCAUUGGGCGUGACUCGAGCCCGAGGCCAUGUGUCAAAAGGUGGCCGAGGCCAAAAUGGACUGGAUUUGGCCAACAAGGAGGCUGAGUUGGUGGGUGCCCAGAUCUUGAUCACUUGCGAUAUGGUGGUCAAAUACCGAGGCCAAGCUUUGGAAAAACCCACGUCCGAUAUAGAAGCGCGGGCGUUUCUGCAAAACUAUCGCGAUCAUCCGUCCGAACCCGUUUUUUGCAUCAAUGGCAUUUGUUACGUGACCUGA